UGUACACAUGUGCCUGUCUGUGCCUGUGCGUGUGUGUGUCUGUUUGUGUACCUUGUUUUUCUCCCAGUAGGACAGCACCUGGAUCUCUGCAGCAGCUUUGGUAGCAGAGUAUGGAUUGUCCGGUCUCAGAGGACUCGUCUCAUCAAACACCUGCAGACAGAGAACAAAUGUAAACUCCCAGAAUCCUUCAGUGCAUCUUGAUUGAAAGAGCGUUUUUACCUCUCCACAGGCAGCUCCGUACACCUCGUCUGUGCUGACGUAGAUGAAGCGUUGCAGCGGGUGUUGGGCGUGAUGAGCGGCCGACAGUAGAACCCGAGUUCCCUCCACGUUCACUCGCUGGAAGCUGAGCGGGGACUCGAACGAGGACUCUGACAGACCACAGAGGGUUGAAUAGGUGUUUCGGGGAAAACGGUUACCGGACAGUUUGAGAGCGGAGCCGCGCGGCAGCUGAGUGGACAGUUCAUCGCUACAUUCAUGUUCAGAGGUGAAAACGGGCUGGUGGUGUGUCGGCUGGAGAACUCUGCCCUGGCAGUAGAGAAGGAGUCCAAGCUGCUGCUGUAUCAGGACUCGGAUUCGGACUUGGAUAACCUGAGCUGCGCUGAGAGGCUGACUCGAGCUCAUGUCAGCGUCCUCUUCACUCAGGAUGAGCACAACCUGACCAUCCCCCGUCAGUCAUCUCCCACAGCAUGGAGGGCUUUGUACGCAGACAGGUACACCUGCCAGGAGGACUCAGUGAUCCCAGCUCACUCUGCCCUUACCUUCACCGUCCUGAUGUUAAACCCUGACUCUGAUGGGAACCCUCUGGACCACUUCAGUGCAGAGCAGGCCGGUCUGAUCAGUUUUUACUUCAUGCUGCUCCUGUCGUACUUCGUUGCUGGCUGUAUCUACGUCCAGCCUCUGUUUCAGGCUCUGAGGAAAGGGGGUCCUAUGCAUACGGCCCUUAAAGUGUUGACCACAGCGCUUGCCUUGCAGGGAUGCUCCGCCCUCUGCAACUACAUCCACAUGGCCAGGUACUCCAGAGAUGGGAUAGGUAUUCCUGUGAUCGGCAGCCUGGCAGAGUGCUUGGACAUGGUGACUCAGGUGUCCAUGCUGUACCUGUUGCUCAGUCUGUGUCUUGGGUGGACUCUGAAUCGGGGCAGGAAACCUCAAUCUGGACCCCUGCAGUGGGAACGUUCACCACUAUCCACCACUGUGGCUCUAGGUGGAGUCAUUACACUGGGCGUGCUGCUGCUGUGGGAGCAGUUUUCGGACUCGGAUCAUCACAGUUUUCACGGUCAGCAGAGCGCCGCCGGUCUGCUGCUUCUCGCUCUGAGGGUCAUCCUCAGCCUGCUGCUCGCCUCCGUCCUCUACACCAUCACCUCCAACGAGAGGAGCACGCUCAAACGAGACUUCUACCUCUGCUUCACCAAGGGCUGCGUCCUCUGGUUCCUCUGUCAUCCUGUCCUCUUCCUCAUGUCGGCCAUUUUUAAUGAGCACCAGAGAGAGAAGGUGGUGACCAUAGGUGUGAUCCUGUGUCAGUCCAUCGCCAUGGUGAUCCUGUACCAGCUCUUCCUGUCUCGCUCGCUCUACUGGGAGGUGUCCUCUCUCUCCUCGGGGUCCCUGCCCCUCACCAUGUCCAGGAGCAGCCACAGGGGGCGCUACUGAGGUCAUCAUUGCCGUCAAUGUGACAGAUAAAGGUUCAGGGAGGACUCGCGUGUUUAGAGGAAGACCUCCUGAGCUGCUCCUCAGGGUCUGAAGGACUGAUCAGCAGAAACAGACGUUCACUGAGAAGAAAGUGGACGGAGUUUAUCGUCUGCUGAUGAAGAUUUCAGGGACACGCCUCCUGCUGUGAAUAUUGCCUGCGCCUGGUUCUGAAGGUACAGAAUAUAAAGCUCAACAGUGUGUACGGUUUUACUCAGGCAGUCCGUCUUCUUUAUUUAUUUAUUCCUCCUGAACUUUUCUGUUUACCAAACUGAGGUCCAGUCAUUCUGACGUGUUUCUUUUCUGUUCAGCCUGUGGGAACUGUGAUUAUUACAACUGUGGUAAGUUUAUUUAUGUAAACACUUCAUGUUGUUCAAUUGCUUUAUUAUUAAAUAACGGUAUCUGACAUUUAA